AUGGCCGACCAAGAAAACACAAAUAUGGAAGUCGAUAAAGAAAAGAAUAAACCUUUUGCUAAUCCGGUUAAGACACUCGUUGACGAGGCAACUCCAAGAACCGGUGACCAGAGCGGGGCUGAGGCCGGGAAAGACGCCGCAGGAAGCCGCGCCACGACGGAGUACUGCGAGAAGCUGCAGGCAUGGAUGUGGCAGUACUACACUGGAUAUGUGAACUGGCAGAGCUGGCUGGCAGCGUCAGCCAUGUCCUGCCCGUAUUAUCUGCAGCCGCCCGGCGGGACGUCCACGGCUCUGGAUUUUAACUCCCACAACUGGUACUCCAGUCCGUUUGGUCUUCCCCUGUUGCCUUACCCGCCGGCGGUCACCUCCCCGAGCAACCGCGGAGGGGAAGCCGCCGGCGGGGCUGCUGUGGCCGCUCAGCCUCAGCAGCAGCAGCCGCAGGAGAAUGGAAACGCUCAGAGACCAGGUCGGGAGUAUAGCAUUCCUUCACCGCUCCAAAGACUAAUGGCUGAGAUGGUGGAUUUCUUCAUAUUGUUUUUCAUCAAAGCAACCAUAAUCAUCAGUAUUAUGCACCUCAGUGGAAUCAAAGAUGUUUCUAAGUUCGCCAUGCAUUUCAUAGUGGAGGAAAUAGACGAAGACACGUCGAUGGAGGAGCUUCAGAAAAUGAUGCUUGUUGCUCUCGUGUACCGGAUAUUAGUGUGUUUUUACGAGAUCGUGUGCAUUUGGGGAGCAGGAGGAGCCACUCCAGGGAAGUUUCUCAUCGGACUCAGAGUUGUCACAUGCGAUUCGUCAGUUCUGGUUCAGCCCAACAGGGUUCUAGUGGUGCCAGCGACUAACGUCUCUCUAUCUGCAUCAACUGUCCGAGCCUUGAACAAGAACUUUUCUAUUGCCUUCUUUUUCCCGGCCUUCAUCACACUCCUGUUCUUCCAGCACAACAGGACUGUGUAUGAUAUGGUAGCUGGUACGAUUGUUGUCAAGCGCUCCAGGGCCAGAUGAUGCUGAAGUGUGCAGAAAAAGAGUCUUACAACAACUCUGGACAGGCACCGUGUGAUGUUUUUAAAAAAAAAAAAAAAGCCUGCAGACCUCAGACGCUCUUUGAAGGCAUCAGAACACGGGAGAGCUGAGGUGGUUGCAGAGAAUUGAAGACACAUGUGUACGAACUGUUUCCUACAGCCUGGGUUUGGUUUGUUUCCGACACACACUGUAUUUCUGCAUGUAUCUCUGCGUACAUGCCGCUUUCAGAAUCUGCUCCUGUGCCAAAUGGUCCGUUUUACACGCAGGAGAAACGAUGCUACUUUUUCAUUAACACAAGACUUGCCUCUUUUUUUAAAUUCUCUUCCAGAUUAAGGGUGAAUGUCUUGUAUCACUCAGUAUUUAAGUUCGCUAAAUAUGCAUUUAUGAGAUUAUACCUUCAGUAUCUUUUUGUAUUAAAUAUUUGUCCCAAGAGUUGUAUGCUCGGCUUUUUUGACAGCUGAAAAACUCUGGUUUAAAGGCACAUUUAAAUGUACUGAAGGGAAAUGUAGACCUUACCACAACUGCUCUUCCUUUACUCUGACAGCAUGUGUGUGAUUGAAAAAUUGACGUAUUACACAUUUUAUGUGAUUAACUGUUUUUUGCAUUUCAGAAGAUUAAAUUAAACCACCACUAAUUUCCUG